AUGCGUGAGAUUGUUCACCUCCAGACCGGCCAGUGUGGUAACCAAAUUGGUGCCGCUUUCUGGCAAACCAUUGCCGGUGAGCACGGCCUUGAUGGCGAUGGACAGUACAACGGUACUUCCGACCUCCAGCUGGAGCGCAUGAACGUCUACUUCACCGAAGCUUCCGGUGACAAGUAUGUUCCCCGUGCCGUUCUGGUCGAUCUGGAGCCCGGUACCAUGGACGCUGUCCGUGCCGGUCCUUUCGGCAAGCUCUUCCGCCCCGACAACUUCGUCUUCGGUCAGUCUGGUGCUGGUAACAACUGGGCUAAGGGUCACUACACCGAGGGUGCCGAGCUCGUCGACCAGGUCAUCGACGUCGUCCGCCGUGAGGCCGAGGCUGCCGACUGCCUCCAGGGUUUCCAGAUCACCCACUCCCUGGGUGGUGGUACCGGUGCCGGUAUGGGUACGCUCCUGAUCUCCAAGAUCCGUGAGGAGUUCCCCGACCGUAUGAUGGCUACCUUCUCCGUUGUCCCCUCCCCCAAAGGUCUCCGACACCGUUGUCGAGCCUUACAACGCCACCCUGCUCUGUACGAUAUCUGCAUGCGUACCCUCAAGCUGAGCCAGCCCUCCUACGGUGACCUGAACCACCUGGUCUCCGCCGUCAUGUCCGGUGUCACCACCUCCCUCCGUUUCCCCGGUCAGCUCAACUCCGAUCUCCGCAAGCUGGCUGUCAACAUGGUUCCUUUCCCUCGUCUUCACUUCUUCAUGGUCGGCUUCGCUCCCCUGACCAGCCGUAACGCCAAUGCCUACCGCCAGGUUAGCGUUCCCGAGCUGACCCAGCAGAUGUUCGACCCCAAGAACAUGAUGGCCGCCUCCGACUUCCGUAACGGCCGUUACCUCACCUGCUCCGCCCUGUUCCGCGGUAAGGUCUCCAUGAAGGAGGUCGAGGACCAGAUGCGCAGCAUACAGACCAAGAACCAGAGCUACUUCGUUGAGUGGAUCCCCAACAACGUCCAGACCGCCCUGUGCUCCGUUCCUCCCCGUGGCCUGCGCAUGUCCUCCACCUUCGUUGGUAACAGCACCUCCAUCCAGGAGCUGUUCAAGCGUAUCGGCGACCAGUUCAGCGCCAUGUUCCGCCGCAAGGCUUUCUUGCACUGGUACACUGGUGAGGGUAUGGACGAGAUGGAGUUCACUGAGGCUGAGAGCAACAUGAACGAUCUUGUCUCCGAGUACCAGCAGUACCAGGAGGCCUCCAUCUCCGAGGGAGAGGAGGAGUACCUCGCUGAGGAGGCUGGUCUCGAUGAGGAGAUGUAA